AUGGCAGGCGGUAAGGCAGUCCACUUUGGUGGCGGCAACAUCGGCCGUGGCUUCAUCGCUGAACUCCUGCACGAGAGUGGCUACGAGGUGAUCUUCGUCGAUGUCGUUGACGAUCUCAUCAACCGAAUCAAUGAAUCUAAAUCAUACAAGAUCACUGAGGUUGGGGAAGAUGGAGAGAAGAGCAAGACAAUCACAAACUACCGCGCCCUCAACUCCAAGUACAGCAUGGACGAGGUCGUCAAAUGUAUCGCCGAUGCAGACAUUGUCACCUGCGCCGUCGGUCCGAACGUCCUCAAGUUUAUCGCUAAGCCCAUUGCCGAUGGCAUUGCCGCAAGAACAAAGUCCAAGCCGCUCGCUGUCAUUGCCUGCGAGAACAUGAUCAAUGCGACAGACGCUCUCAAGGCACUUAUCACGGAUGAGAAGAACAUGAAGCCCGAAGUGCUCAAGGACCUCGACUCCAAGGCCGAGUUUGGCAAUUCCGCUAUCGACAGAAUUGUCCCAACGCAACCCCAAAAUGCCAAUCUUGACGUCGUCAUCGAGAGCUUCUACGAGUGGUGCGUGGAGACCACUGGUUUCAAGUCAGGUCAUCCUGAAGUCAAAGGUAUUCACUGGGUCGAUGAUUUGGAGCCAUACAUCGAGCGCAAGCUUUUCACCGUCAAUACCAGCCACGCCACAGCUGCCUACUUCGGCUACUACAAGGGCCACAAGACCAUCCAUGAAGCCAUGGCAGACCCAGAGAUCCGGAACGAGGUCCACGAGGCCUUGGAAGAGACAGCACACCUCAUUAGCGGCAAGCAUGGCAUCACUCCUGAGGAGCAGCAGAAAUACGUGGAUACCAUCAUUCACCGCAUUUCCAACCCUCACCUCGAAGACGUCCCCGUUCGUGUCGGCCGUGCACCACUCCGAAAGCUUGGUCGUAAGGAGCGCUUCAUCGGCCCCGCCGCGCAAUUAGCCGAACGCGGGUACGAUGUCACCGCUCUCAUCCGUGGUGUGGAGAUGGCUCUGCGAUUCCAGAAUGUCGAAGGUGAUGAUGAGAGCAAGGAACUGGCCAAGAUUCUCAGCGAAAUGAGUGCCGAGGAAGCCACCACCAAACUUACCGGUCUUGAGUCUAGCCACCCUCUCUAUCCCAAGGUCCUCGAGAAGGUGAAGCAGGUCCAGAGCGAGAAGAAGUAA